AUGAGCCAGCAACAGCCACGAAGAUCCCACUCUUACCCAGAUUCCAUGAAGUAUGGCGACGUUUUUGAUGUUCAUGGCGAUAUUGCAUCCAAACCUGUUGCCCCACAGGAUGCAGCUUCCAUGCAAUCAGCUGAGAACUUAGUCCUUGGAAAGAUCCAGAGGGGUGGUCCUGCUGCAGUCAUGCAGUCAGCUGCAAGUUACAAUGUGAGAGCCGGUAUUGUUGAUCGUGAUGAAGCCACUGACGUAGUUAGAGACCAGGGCGUUUCUAUAACUGAAGCAACUAUAGGCGGCUCGCGUGUUGUCACAGAAAGAAUUGGUGGAGAGAUUGUUGCUCAGUAUGUUGAUCCAAGAGUACCUGAGACUUCUACAGAUUCAACUCUUGAAUAUACAAUUGGUGAAGCUUUGGAGGCAGCUGCUCUUUCUGCAGGAGAAAAGCCCGUUGAUCAGGGCGAUGCUGCUGCAAUACAAGCCGCGGAGAUGAGAGCUACUGGUAGUAGCGAGGUACGGCCUGGUGGAUUAGCUUCACAGGCCCAAUCUGCAGCAGACGUUAACCCCAGGAUUAUGUCUGACGAAAACAAGACCACGCUAUCUGAUGUUCUAGGGGAUGCGACCGCAAGGUUGCCAUCAGACAAACCAGCGACGGGUAAGGACGCUCAACUUGUAGUUGGAGCGGAGAUAAGGAACCAACCAGGCACGAACACCACCCCUGGUGGAGUGGCCUCAUCUGUUGCAGCAGCAGCCAAUAUAGAUGAGAGAUUAAAACUGAUUAAGGCCUUGCGGCAAAUUGAAAGAGCCCAUCGUUUGAUAAAACUGGAAAAGCCAACAAGAAAUUUGAGCUAUUUAGCCGAAGGUUCAUCAUCUUUGCCAUUUCAGUUGAGAGUUGCAAUUGCCUCCACUGGACCACAUAAAAGACCAGUUGCUAAAGGGAAGUACAAAAUUGAGAAGGACUGA